ACGUCAUACAGAAGGGCUUAUGCCAGGCGAGCAGGAAACACCCACACUGUUGAGCUCAAUGAUGGAGCCCAACCUCACACAUAACUAGUACAACUUCCCGGUCGUUGUAGUACGUUACCCCCGUCUGGGAAUUCAACCGGACCGUCUCUUCUCGUCCGCUUCACUGGAGAGAUUGAGGAAUGCUGCUGGACGAGACUCCGCUUUUUGAGCCCUCUCUGCUUCAGGAUCUUGACUGGAGUAGCAACAUGGUCUCCUUCUGUCCCUCCAUCUCCCCGUCCAACCCAGGAGAAGGCCUGGUGCUCAGGCCGCUCUGUACGGCAGACUUCAACAGGGGAUUCUUUAAGGUUUUAUCUCAACUCACACAGACAGGCGAUGUCACACCAGAGCAGUUCACGAAAAAAUUUGAGCAUAUGAAGAGGACAGGGGACUACUACGUCGUUGUGGUGGAGGACACAAAUCUGGAACAGAUUGUUGCCACGGCUACAUUGAUCACAGAACACAAAUUCAUCCACUCCUGUGCCAAGAGAGGCCGGGUGGAGGAGGUGGUAGUCAGUGACGUGUGCAGAGGGAAGCAGCUGGGCAAACUGUUAGUUUCAACUCUUACUCUUCUCAGUAAAAAAAUGAAUUGCUACAAAAUCACACUGGAAUGUGCACCCAAAAACGUGGCUUUCUACCAAAAGUUUGGCUACACCGCCUCAGAUGAGACUUACAUGCAGUGUCGAUUCUCCGACUGAAGACCACAGCAGCUUUAAACCUCCGUUUUAGGGGCAUGGACCACACCUUUAUACACCCACUGACAUCAAAACUUAACAUUGUAACAAAGUGUCUUAAUAAUUGGAAAAACUUGCCUAAGAAUGAGUAUGUGGUUGUGACAGUCGAGUCACUUCACAACGCUCAUCUUGAUUUUGGCGCACUCGAGUAAACAUAAGUGUAUGUUGAAGCCCUCUGCUCAGUCCAAAAUCAUCCUCCGCCCCUUUGGUAACCACGGCUACCUCACCAGGGUGGAGUCCUGUCGUCGUCAUCCACCACCACCAUCUGAAGAAUGUCACUUACUGUAAAUGUAAUGUCUUAUCGUGUUACAUUGUUAACAGCUGAUUUGCGGUGUACUCCCAGAGAAAAUACUAAUUAUAUAUGGAACUAUCAUGCAACUGCUAGUAAAUACAAUUGCUUUGGAAAUCAAGGUGGCACAAAAUUAAGUUAUAUAUCUGAAGCAACUAAAUGUUGGUUAAAUAAUUUAUGACCGGCAACAGCUGCUUGUUUAGUUAAGUUAGAUUAGAAACGUUCUUCUCUAAGAGACUUUUACUUGGGUGUAAUUUUUCUAACUCGUCCUCAUAAAAAAAAAAGUGCUCUCCAUCUCAGCAGGCUUUACUUUUCGGUGACAUUAAUGUUGCUGGAUAACUAUAAUGAAGGUUCAAAUACUUCCAAGACAUGAAGCAUUACUAUCAAGUCAAGACUGUUAUAAUGCAUAAUAUUUAUAGCGAACAAAAAGGUCUGUAUUUUGUGAGACAGGGGUGAGGCGCGUUCUUAAGGUUUUUGUAUUGGGUGAUGAAUUUGACGACUGUGUUGAGGAUCGAAGCAUUUUGUGAUGGGGAAUGGAUAAAAAUGACUUUUGUAAAUGAACUAUUUAAGUUUUGUAAUAACGCUGUUAAUCUGGAGAACAGGGGAACAUAUUUAAUGUAAUUUAUUUCCAAAUAUGUAAUAGUCAUAUAAAAUAUUCUAUGGUC